AUGACUUGGCCCCGCCGAAAGGGUCACACACACUCGAAUCGAAAUCUUGUCGAAGAGGAUAACAGUGAGGUGGAUACAGAAUCCCAAAGAAGCUCUCGCACCAAAGGAAUGGAGCUGGGGGGUCUCCAUCUUCACCACUUGUCUGCAAUAAUCUACUCCUCCUAUUCUCCUUCUCUCCAUUCCUAUUCUUCCUACUGUCGUUGCACCACGCACUUCCAUCUUCAGGCUACUCCCCGGAACAAUACAACCCUUACCAGUCGUACAAGGAGAGCUAAGACUAGUAGGAAGAAGAUUAGAAAGAAGCCCCUUCUAUCACUAGUAGAAGAGAACGAGGAACAAGAUGAAGACGACGGCGAGGAUUUUGACCCAGCUGCCGAAGCUGAAGCUUCAGCGAGGACGACGUCGUUGGAUGGGGAGGACGUCGAAGAUGAGGCCGACCACGAGUCAUCCUCAUAUUCGAACGUCCUUUCGUUGAGUGAGAAGCCGGACAGGAACUUGGCCUUGCUCGACGAUUACGACAUGGACGAAGUCAAUGCCCACCUCGACCCUAAUCAUCGCAGCGGAUAUGUGGCUGUACUUGGCAAGCCAAAUGUUGGAAAGAGUACACUUUCAAACCAAAUGAUAGGGCAAAAGCUCUCAAUCGUAACAGAUAAAGCUCAAACCACAAGACAUCGAAUCCUUGGUCUUUGUUCUGCCCCAGAGUAUCAGAUGAUCCUGUAUGAUACACCAGGAGUAAUUGAGAAGAAAAUGCACAAGUUGGACUCUAUGAUGAUGAAGAAUGUCAGAAGCGCUGCCAUCGAUGCCGACUGUGUCCUGGUGGUCGUUGACGCUUGUAAGGCACUACAAAAGAUAGAUGAUAUCUUGGAAGAGGGCGUGGGAAACCUAAAAGACAGACCACCUACUUUGCUGGUUUUGAACAAGAAGGACCUCAUCAAACCUGGUGAAAUUGCAAGGAAGAUAGAGUGGUAUGAGAAAUCCACUGAUGUUGAUGAGGUCAUACCAGUGAGUGCCAAAUAUGGUCAUGGGGUGGAAGAUGUCAAGGACUGGAUACUUUCAAAACUUCCAUUUGGGCCAGCUUAUUAUCCUAAGGACAUCGUUAGUGAGCACCCAGAGAGGUUUUUUGUAGGUGAAAUUGUUCGAGAGAAGAUCUUUAUGCAAUACCGAAAUGAAGUUCCUUAUGCAUGCCAGGUCAAUGUAGUAGCCUACAAGUCUAGACCAACUGCAAAGGAUUUUAUCCAAGUAGAGGUUCUUGUUGAGAAACACACUCAAAAGAUCAUCCUCAUCGGAAAGGAAGGGAAAGCUUUGAAACAACUAGCAACUGCUGCUCGGCUGGACAUAGAAGAUUUCUUGCAAAAGAAAGUUUUUUUGGAGAUUGAAGUGAAGGUAAAAGAGAAUUGGCGGCAAGAUGAAGAGCUUCUGAAGUACUAUGGCUACGGUGGCCAAAUCCGUGUUUUUUAAUCUAUAUCUGCAUUCCAAAUGAACUGUGUGAUGAUGUAACAGCCCAUGAGCCUGUAAUCGAUUUCAUCAGCACCUGGACCCAGGUAUUCCCCAAUCUUAUUUUGAGCACUGUAUUGUAUCUAACAGGAAUAUUUCUACUUCCUGUUUGUAAGAGGAAGUUUAUAAUCAGUGUUAGAAUUUAUUCGUUUUC